AUGACCACCAACUCGGCCUCAGACUCAAAUGUUCAGUCCGGCUAUGGAAACCGGAUGGAAUGGGGUCAAAGACCGGCAUUGAUUUUGAUCGAUGUGUGCAAGGCAUAUUGGACCGAAGGAUCUCCCCUGUCGGUUCUGUCCAACCCAACUGGGGCUGCCUCGCCAGACUCGAUGCGACGGCUACUGGCCGCUGCUCGAGCAGGCAACGUGCCGGUGAUAUGGACCAAGGUUGAAUACACCCGGGCAGAUAUGGGGGAUGCAGGACUAUUUUGGCGCAAGGCAAAAGCCCUCGAUGUGUGGCUGAAAGGGGACACACGAGGACUGGCAGACUGUAUCGAAGGACUGGAGCCGGCAGAAGGCGAAGUCGUAGUGGUGAAGAAGUACCCCAGCGCCUUCUUUGGGACAUCUUUGAUUUCAGAACUUCAGGUGUUGGACGUUGAUACUCUGGUGAUCUGUGGUGUGAGUACUUCUGGAUGCGUACGUGCCACGACACUCGACGCGCUUCAGUAUGGGUUUAGACCAAUGGUCGUCGGACAAGCAUGUGGUGACCGACUGCCCGAGAUUCAUAACGCCAAUCUUUUUGACCUGGAUGCAAAAUAUGCCGACGUGAUUGAGGAAUCGGAUGCCAUCUACCACCUGAAGUCAGGUUGGUGA